GACUGAUGACGUUAUGGUGCCGGCGCAAUUUUUAUGGCUUCAGAUCCCAUUAGGGGAAAAAAAAAAAAAAAAGCAAAGAUUUUUUGGAAAACCCAAGAACCCAAUUCCGAGAAUUUGUAGAAGUAACUGAAAAUGGAGAGAAAAUCCUCGAUCCCCCACACUACAAAUACCCCUACACCACCGGAGGAUUCUUAUUUGAGCUUCUUAAUUAAACCCCACCGCCACAAUCCCUUUCUUCUUCUUCUUUCACUUUUGAGGAUUCAUAUAUACAUUUCAAUUCGCUCGCUCUCUCUCUCUCUCUCUCUCUGUUCGUGUAUCAAAAUCUCAAUCUGGGUCACAGAGAGUGCAUGCUGAUGGAGAAUGUUAAUGAAAGGUUUCCUGUAGUACUACUUCUUGCUUGAAGCCCGCUACCCUGAGUGACUCACUUCUUCCUUCCUCCAUUCUGCAGGUGGAUGAAAAUUUAAAUGAGCCUCACCUCGCACUUCAAGAGUCCAAGACAACCAGCACUUCAUAGUUCAUAGUUCAUACCAAACUGCCUUUGAGAUACUGCUGGCUGAGUUGAAUAGGGGAAGGCUCAUCUGGAUCUGGGAUAGAUUGAGGAACAACAAUGAACGCGUUAGUGGCAACCAACAGAAAUUUUAAGUUGGCAGCACGGCUUUUGGGAUUGGAUUCAAAGCUUGAAAAAAGUUUACUAAUUCCAUUUAGAGAAAUCAAGGUCGAGUGUACCAUACCAAAGGAUGAUGGCACACUGGCGUCUUUUGUUGGGUUCAGGGUUCAGCAUGACAAUGCUAGAGGUCCCAUGAAGGGAGGAAUUAGGUACCACCCAGAGGUUGACCCAGAUGAGGUGAAUGCUUUAGCACAGUUGAUGACAUGGAAGACAGCUGUAGCAAACAUUCCAUAUGGUGGAGCCAAAGGGGGGAUAGGAUGUGCUCCAGGAGAUUUAAGCAUCUCUGAGUUAGAACGACUCACUAGAGUUUUCACCCAAAAGAUACAUGAUUUAAUUGGUGUCCACAUAGAUGUUCCAGCUCCCGAUAUGGGAACAAAUUCCCAGACGAUGGCUUGGAUACUGGAUGAGUACUCAAAAUUUCAUGGCUACUCACCCGCUGUAGUGACUGGAAAACCUAUAGAUCUUGGUGGAUCCCUAGGAAGAGAUGCAGCUACUGGGAGGGGAGUACUCUAUGCAACAGAGGCCUUGCUUCAUGAAUAUGGAAAGGGCAUCGCUGGACAACGAUUUGUUAUACAGGGUUUUGGGAAUGUGGGUUCUUGGGCUGCAAAGCUUAUCAGCGAAAAAGGUGGCAAGAUUGUUGCAGUAAGUGAUGUUACUGGUGCUCUUAAGAAUGAUAAAGGACUUGAUAUUCCAAGCCUUCUUGAGCAUUCUGUGGUGAAUCGUGGAGUCAAAGGUUUUAGUGGUGGUGAUCCAAUAGAUCCCAAGUCAGUUUUGGUCGAAGACUGUGAUGUUCUCAUCCCCGCAGCCCUUGGGGGUGUUAUCAACAGGGAAAAUGCGAACGAGAUUAAAGCCAAAUUUAUUAUUGAAGCGGCUAACCAUCCAACUGACCCGGAGGCCGAUGAGAUUCUAUCAAAGAAAGGUGUUGUCAUUCUCCCUGACAUAUAUGCAAACUCUGGCGGAGUGACUGUUAGUUAUUUUGAGUGGGUUCAGAACAUCCAAGGGUUCAUGUGGGAUGAGGAGAAGGUAAACAAUGAGUUGAGGACUUACAUGAUUAGAGGGUUCAAACACAUGAAGGAAAUGUGCAAUGCCUACAACUGUGACCUCCGAAUGGGAGCCUUCACUCUUGGCGUCAACCGAGUUGCCAAGGCUACUGUUUUGAGGGGCUGGGAAGCCUGAGAAGUAAGCUACCUGAAUAAAGAAUGGAGCCUUUGAUGAUGCUCCCCCUUAUUUUUGCAGCAACUUAGUUUCCAAAGCUGUAUGUGUCCGUAUGGGAGCCUUCGCUCUUGGCGUCAACUGAGUUGCCAAGGCUACUGUUUGGAGGGGCUGGGAAGCCUGAGGAGUGAGCUACCUGAAUAAAGAAUGGAGCCUUUGAUAAUGCUCCCCCUUAUUUUUGCAGCAACUUAGUUUCCAUAGCCAUAUGUGUGAACUAUAUAUUAAGCAGUGUUUUGUCAUUUUUAUGAGUUGCCAUAGCAUUUUCAGCCUCAUGGCAGUUGGCAUC